AACCAUUUGAGUGAGGCGUCAUCAAUAAUAUCGUCUUUACUUAAUAGUAAUCAAAAUGCAAGCACCUCUCGAUCUACUGAUUCAGUAAAUAAUACUGUAAAUAGAGCUAGAGCUAUGUUAAAUAGUUCCAUCUCUAGGGGAAACUUCACACGCUUGAACCGGCGAGAAAGGCUACGUGCAGCAGCUCCAGCAGCUACCAAUCCGUCCAGCCAGGCGUCCAAUGCUAGUAAAAUGAGAAAGGAGAGCGAAGAGAAGAUUUUUGAGUUUGUCCUCGUGGAUACAACAAAGUACGACGAAGAUGACUGGACGAUUUCCAACGACAUCAUAGCUUUAAGAGGACUGAUCGAAAUAUCAACCUCCAGUAAARAAGCAGAUAUUCGCCAAGAAAUUGGCAAUGCUGUGCGUCUGAAAUUCCCGGCAGUUAAUGAUUCAGAUUUCGAGUUUUUGAGAGCUACUAGAAGAAAGCUAUCAAAGCCCGUGAACUGCAAGGGAUUCGACUUCAAGCAAUUGAAGUYGAUAGCAGGUCAGGGGGCUGUAUACAUCAAGGUGAAAGACGAGAUGGCGUGUUUAUUAGUGGAUUUAGACAUCGAAGAGAAAUCCGAGGACGGAAAGCAGGCUGAGGACGAAAAGGAGGGCGAGGGCGAAAAGAAGGCUGAGGAUGACAAGAACAAAGAGGAAGCUACUAAAGUGAAUGAUGAUAAAGAUUUGAUGUCAUCACCAUUUGAGGUUAAAGACASARAUGAAGAAACUGAAGCUACCAUGGAUGGACCUGAAGAAAUAUAUAACCUAGUCAAGCUGACUGCAGAGUAUUGYCAACAAAAUGAGAUAGGCAACCCUGUGGAAAUCUUAAGAUAUUACCAAAAAGUCAUGGUUGUGGGUAGACCCUUAAAUGUGGAAGACCCAAGUCAAGCAAGUGAAGGAGCCACAAACUUCAUCAUGGUAGACCRCCAUAAUUUAAUUCAGUCUGCUUUUGAUGAGAUAAAAGAGCUGACCAACUUGAGACAGACGUUGGAAGUCCAGUUUUAUGGGGAAGAAGCUGAAGACUAUGGAGGACCCAGAAGAGAAUUUUUCAGAUUGAUUAUCAGGGAGAUUUUCACAAAGUACUUUGAACAUGGAUUAAAACCCCAUAUGGCAGAGGACUACCUACUAGUUGGAAUAGUUUUUGGCUUAAGUGUUGUUCAAGGUGGCAAGAUACCAAAUUUUUCUGAAGAUAUAAUAAAUUAUGUCUUCAGCCCUAGUGUUAAAGAUGCUUGCUUGGAACAGUUACAAAUGGGGUUUAAGAAAGUUGGAAUAUACCAGCUUGCAAUGAAGAUGCGUUUAUUUCGACAUCUAUUCAAAGCUCAACCAUCUCGACCUUUGACUGUCAAGGAAAUCAAUCAUUUGUUCAAACCAGAGUUCAGUGAUGAAGGGUCCAAUGCUAGAAAAAAUGAAAGUACUGUUUAUGGAGCUUUCCAAAAAUAUAUCAGGGAAGUUGCAAGUGGUCGAAGAGCUGGUAUAAAUUUGGGAAACAUCUUACAGUUUGCAACAGGAACUGAUGAGGAACCCAUACUUGGCUUUUGCAUACCACCCUCCAUGUCUUUCUAUGAAGUGAGUGAGUCAUAUCUCCCUACUGCCAACACAUGUGUUAAUUCAUUGAAGCUUCCAAGACCAUCACAUUCAAAGCCAUUGCCAAAUACAGACGUUCUGUUUGAAUUGUAUGAUUUGGCAUUUACAAAUGCUUAUUUUGGUAGCAAGUAAAAGAUAAAACUUUCUAUAAAUGCACAGAGAAAUGUUUUUAAUCUUGGCUAAGUAUUUGUUACCUGCUAGCCUUUUCUUGGAUUUUUUUCUGGAAAUCGAAUCAUUAUAAGACAAAAAUGAUCUGGAUGAAAUAUAAAUCUUUAAGAGUUAUAAUUUUUUACAAGGAAAAAAUCAUUUAAUCAUAUUGCUGCAUAGACAGCUAAGUAACCCAGUUUCCUAUUUAGAUCGGUUGCCUUGUUUUUGUUGCACUUGUUUAUUUCUACUUUUGUAGCUUUUGAUUAUCAGGCUUAAUUGUCACUUGUCAACUAAAAUGUGUUAUUUGACAGUAAAAAGCAAGUUUCUACCAGGUGAUCAACCGAAAACAGGGGGUUUUAGUUAUUAUAGCUAUUGAAUUUGUUCAGAAAUAAAAUUUUCCACAAAUUUAA